AUGGCGGCGGGUUGCUGUGGGGUGAAGAAGCAGAAACUGUCCAGUUCGCCCCCCUCUGGCUCGGGCGGCGGUGGUGGCGCCUCCUCCUCCUCCCACUGCAGCGGGGAGAGCCAGUGCCGAGCCGGGGAGCUGGGACUAGGAGGCGCCGGAACGCGGCUCAACGGACUGGGCGGGCUGAGCGGCGGCGGCGGCGGCUGUACCCUCUCUCCCCCCCAGGGUUGCGGCGGCGGCGGCAGCGGCGGGGGCAUCUCGCUGUCUCCACCUCUGAGCUGCGGAGUGGGAACCUUACUUUCUACUCCGGCCGCCGCCACCACCUCCUCGCCGUCCUCCUCGUCUUCAUCCCCGGGCUCCCGGAAGAUGGUGGUGUCAGCGGAGAUGUGCUGCUUUUGCUUCGAUGUGCUCUACUGUCACCUGUAUGGAUAUCAACAGCCCCGGACCCCCCGCUUCACCAACGAGCCCUACCCACUGUUUGUAACAUGGAAGAUUGGUCGAGACAAAAGAUUGCGUGGAUGCAUAGGUACUUUUUCUGCCAUGAAUUUGCAUUCAGGACUCAGGGAGUACACACUUACCAGUGCCCUUAAAGACAGCCGUUUUCCACCAAUGACAAGGGAUGAGCUGCCACGGCUUUUCUGCUCGGUGUCUCUUCUCACUAACUUUGAAGAUGUCUGUGACUAUUUGGACUGGGAGGUGGGUGUACAUGGCAUUAGAAUAGAAUUCAUCAAUGAAAAAGGAUCAAAACGCACCGCCACCUACCUACCGGAGGUUGCAAAGGAGCAAGGAUGGGACCAUAUUCAGACCAUAGACUCCUUACUGAGGAAAGGAGGCUACAAAGCUCCGAUUACUAAUGAAUUCAGGAAAACCAUAAAGCUGACCAGGUACCGUAGUGAAAAGAUGACCUUGAGUUAUGCUGAAUACCUUGCUCAUCGCCAGCAUCAUCACUUCCAGAAUGGCAUCGGGCAUCCCCUUCCUCCAUACAACCAUUAUUCCUGACACUGAGCCGCACAACCAGUCACUGGGCCUCUCUGCAGACCUCUUUCCGGGAGACCCUACACCUUCUUGGUCUAGCUAUCUCUUUUACUGUACCAUUUUAUGAUGAUAGUUUCCGUUGCCAUGGUGAAGCUUCAACAUUGUCAGUUAAGACCAUCAUGGUAACGGGUAGGAAAAUGGCAUUUGUUAAGAAGAUCUUGUUACUAUUUUAGAUCAUUGAUUUUUUUUUUUUUUUUUUUGCAGCACAUACAGCUUUUGGGGUUUCUUUCCUUACAAUAUUAGGUAUAUUUUUGUUUUGCUGUCUCAGUCAGGUUUCUUUCUAUCCCUUUUCUUUUUCUUGCUUCCUCCUUCCUUCUUUGAACUGUGGAUGGAAGAAAGUAUGCAGUUUUUGAAGAUUUAUUAGGUUUGUCUUUAGUAUUCCUCAGUAAGAUAGUCAUUUUUUGAUAGCUGAGUUGGGGAUUAAUUCAUGACAAAUUCAGAUAUUUGUAUAUUACUCUCGAAUUUGCCUGAAAUUCUCUUUGUUAUGACAGCUUUGUAUUUGGGUCAAGUACAUGUUUUUCCCAUGGUUAAAGUAAGUGAGCUUUAGUUUAAGUAAUGAACAUUCAAAGGUCCAGGAUAGGGCUUGUCACAGAGAGCCUUCUGUGCUGGUUAUCGUAGGAGAGACAGCCUCAAGUUAGAGAACCAAUUUACAAUCUAAAACAUUGUUUUAGAAAAGCAUAAGCUGCCUUUCAAAUGGGAUGAAAGGCAGCAAAUAUUAGGAAGAGAUCAGAUGCAGAAUUUAGUGCCUUUGAGAAGACUAUAUAAUUAAGUCAAAUUAAGAGGGGUUUUUAAAAAGGCAAUUUAGAGAAAUAUUCUUGUAAAAUUUUAUUGUGUCUAUAUAAGAAACAACAGAUUACAUAAAUUCCUUACUCCAAAGUAUUUUUUUAGCUGAAAAAAAUUAUUUUGAGCAAGUAACCAAAAAGACAUUUGUCUAUUUUGUAUUAAUUUAAAUUUGUUAGCUUUAGGUUUCAACAAUUGGUCAUAAUUGGUCAGAGACAGCUUUAGCUACUAUCGAAGAAAUGAUAAAGAUAAUCUAGUGAAAGGAAAUUUCAUCCAUGCUAUGAUUCCCAAUUUGUCUGAGUUUCAGAGAUUCGAUAAAGAGCUUGAAUCUCUUUCUGCACUACAUACUUUUAAUAGAAACACAUUUCUGUGUUGACAGAUAUUAUGUUGGACCUGUGAAAAUGGCACUCAGAUAUUUUAAUUAGAGCCCAGUUCAUUUGCAGUGUUAUUCUUCCCAUGACACAAUCAAAGAGAACUUACCAAUGUCAAUGGAAGCCCUUAUGUUUAUCCCCAGGAAAACCCACAGAUGAUUCUGGCAGAAGAUGACCUUUGUUUUAUGGUAAUAUAUAUAGGUAUAUCUAAAUAUAUAUAUAUAUGUAUAUAUAUAUAUUUGGGAAAAUAUAUAAUUUUUUCAAACAGGAAGUCAAUAUAACAAGUGGUGAGUGAAAAUAUGCUACAGAAUGUAUAUUAUAAAACUAUGACAUGCCGCUGAUUAUUGAAAUGGUCAAACUUAGACAUUUAAUCGCUGUGAUAAAUGACAGACUGGUAGUUCAGAAAAUCCUUUUCUAGUUCGUAAGACAAUUGGCUGAAAUCGUUCUGCUUGCCACCAGAGCAAAGCACAGCUUGUUUUUGAUGAGAGUUCUUCGAAGUUUGGUGUUCCUUCAUCCACAGCAUCCAUUGUUGAAAUAACCAUUUUCAGUUAUAAUGCCUUAACUAAGAAACCAAUUGCUAGCCCAAAAGGCAAUCUCGGUAGCCAGUUCCAUUGAAUGCAGAGAUUUGUCAGAAAAACAUAAGCUUCUGGACUUUAGAAUGGGCUUUGAAGUCCUGUUGUUUCUGCUUAGAAGCAUGUUGGGAUAGAUUAGUCUUUCAGUAUAAAAGCAAGAGGCUACCGGACAUUUUCUUGCCCUUAUAGGAACGUGAGCACAAGCUAAAUGCCAUUGUCUGCUGCAAAAAAUAAAAUAAAAAAGAAGGAAAAAAGAAAAGUAAAUGAAACAUACAAAUUGAAGAGAGACAGAAUAGACCAAUAUUGUUGUGAAAUCCAUCUUAUCCAUCAUCUCAUCAUUUCAAUAGCUCCUCGUCCUGGGUGAGCUUACAGCUAGUUUUUUUCUGUUGCUGUUAUUGUUUUAAAAGAAAAGAUCUAUCGCGUACAUAUAUGCAUGUAUGUGUACAUAUACUUACAUAUGCAUACAUGCAUAUGUGUGUGUUUAUGUAUUUAACGGUGCUAAUCAGUCUUGAGCAGGUCACGUGACUGGUCAUGCGGACUCUAAAAAUCAUAUCAGAUUUUUUAAUAUCCUUGAUAUAUGCAGAUGUUAUACAGAUUUUCUUACCAGUGUAAUAAUGUUAUACUGAAGAAUAACCAUCCUGCAGGCUUCAGAGGACGAGGUCAGCAAUAUUUCCCACCAUGGCUUGGGGGAAAAGGAUAGUUUUGUCUCCUUUUUUAUUCAAGUUGAUGCACAGUGCAUUUUUGUGUCUAAGUACCUGUUGACUAAGAGUUUGUAGUGUAAAGGGUGUUAUACAAGCUGUAAUGGUGUGCUUCAAACAAAGGCCCUUUCACUUGUGUUGUAUAUUACAGAGCUGUUAAAUAUGUGGCUUGAAAUAACUUUGAACAUGUGGAAAUAUGUAGCAUGUGUCUUUAACUCAGACAAAGAUUCUAAUUGCACAAGCUGUGUUCUAGCCAGUUGUGGUUUAUUUGUUCAGAAACACAAAUGUGAAUUGCACUCUAUCACCAGAAUAUUGUAUAAGUUCCGUGAUCUUUAAACAGCUCAGAAGUAAUACUUGAACUUCAUUUGAGUAGCACAAAGUUUACAGAGCCCCUUUUAAAUGUUAAUUAGUUCCAGUUAAGUUUUCCUUUUUUUUUUUUUUUUGUUUUUGUUUUUUUAAUGCAACUGGGUAUUUUCUUGGAAAACAAUGUGUAUUUUACUUUGGUAUGUAGCAAAAGGCUUCCACUUCUGGAAGGUUCUAUUGUUCUUAAACAAAGUCAGCUAGGUACCAGAUUCUAAAAGAACAAUUGCCCCCCCCCCUCAAGUGGCCUUCUGAUUGCACAAAUGUGCUACUACCCUCUCUAAUCACCCCCACCCAGAGGAGGUCAGUGAAAGUGAUGGAGGAAGUGCAAGGCUUGCUCUCCCCCCACUCCCACCCCCACAUCUAGGAUGUCCAAUCCAAUGCAAAUGGUUCCAUUGCACACAUAGCACACCGGAAGUUUGUAUACUGGCCUCUUUUCCUGUCUUCAAAUGUGCAAGAAUUCGAAACUGUCAUCUGGAAUAGGUUCCAUCUUUUCUGUGUUGUAGAUCAAACCAAAGAAGCCCCCAGCCAUGCCCAAAUGCUGCUCCAAAAGCCUGCCUUCCAGUCCUUACAAAAACCUUGCAGGAUUACAUGUGUUAACUUUUUUAUUUUUGUACAGUUUCUAAGUGAUUUUUUGCUAGUGAUGUUAAACUGAAUUAAGUUUAUUUGAGGAGUGUGAGCACCUCCUCCAUUUAAAUAAACUGGUGACUUUUCUUUUAUUUUUUACAAGUGGAAACCCAUUGUGUGCCUCUCGAUUUAAGGGUUUCUGAUUACAUUAUUCUUAAGACCAGCAUUGAUCCUUUAUAUACAAAGAUAUGUUUUCCUUGUUUUUUAUUACUGUUUCAGAAAAAAAUGAACCUUUUAUUUUGCUCCAGACCCAGUAACUGCGCUGGUACAUAGACGCACUGAGAAAAAGAAAACAAACAGACAAACAAAAAAUACUUUUAUAACCACCUCUGACUGCUUUUGUAUAUCAAAGUUGAUUACUUUUGAGAUAUUUGGAUCUAGUUUCUAAGUUAUUUUAGUGUUUUAUAUGUUCCCCAAAAUUACUUUGAAUCGGUCACCAGCAUAAAGAGUUUUUGGUGAUGCAAUGGUGAGACGUAAUGAGCAAAAAGCUACCUGGAGUAGCUUCUCCUUCCCUUCUUAAGAACCUGGUGUUUGAUUACAGUGAGACGUCACAGACUCCCUGAAACCCCUUCAUUACAACUAGGUUCUCCCUCCCACAUUAAAUUGCUUACUAGUUUGAAGAAGCUAUUGGAAGUGGGCAUUUUAUAUGACCUGUAUGGCUUUAAAAUAUUAAAAAUGAAGAAAAAAUAUGAAAAGGUUUAUGUGGGUCUGUACGGUAUGGCUGUGGAAAGAUAUUGUAGUGGUUUUGACACUAUUGUUAUUACCUUUAAAAUCAUU